AUCGCACCUUCGCUUCACGCGCUGCCUCUGCCGGCGUUUUUUUCCUCCCUGUAAGGUCGGCCUCGGAGUGUUGAUUGCUGCGAGUUUGACAGCUUUGGCCCCUGGCGAAGGGAAACGCUUGGAAUAACUUUUGUGGGUUUAUAGGCAACAAAAUUAUUUCAAACAUCAGUCUACAAUGGCAGACAACAGACCAAAUGCUGAUUGCAUGUCCUGCAGUGUGCUCAGCUGGGAUCAGGUCGGUCGCCUUCAUGAGGUCCUGUCAGAGGUGGUACCAAUUCAUGGACGAGGCAAUUUUCCAACUCUGAAAAUAACCCUGAAGGAUAUUGUUCAAACUGUUCGCCGCAGGCUGGAUGAAGUAAACAUUCAGGUGCAUGAUGUCCGUCUGAAUGGUUCUGCAGCAGGUCAUGUCUUAGUCAAAGAUAAUGGACUAGGCUGUAAGGAUCUCGAUCUUGUCUUUCAAGUGUCAGUACCAAAUGAGACUGAGUUCCAGUUGGUCAGAGAUGUGGUUUUGCAGUCCCUUUUAAACUUCUUGCCCGAAGGUGUGAACAAAUUGAAAAUUAGCCCUAUGACCCUUAAGGAAGCCUAUAUUGAAAAACUGGUGAAGGUGUGCACUGAUAUUGACCGAUGGAGCCUCAUAUCUCUUUCCAACAAGCACGGCAGGAAUGUAGAGCUCAAGUUUGUGGAUCGUAUAAGGCGGCAGUUUGAGUUUAGUGUGGAUUCUUUUCAAAUCAUACUAGAUUCUCUGCUCUUGUAUUAUGAUUGCUCAGAAAACCCAAUGUCUGAGCAUUUCCAUCCAACUGUAAUUGGAGAAAGUAUGUAUGGUGACUUUGAGGCAGCUUUUAAUCACCUUAACAACAGACUGAUAGCCACCAAGAACCCUGAGGAAAUUAGGGGAGGGGGCCUCCUGAAGUACAGCAAUCUUCUUGUGAGAGACUUCAAGCCCAUGAACAAGGAGAAGAUAAAAACCCUGGAGCGUUACAUGUGCUCUAGGUUCUUCAUAGACUUCCCAGACAUUCUGGAACAGAAGCGUAAAUUGGAGACAUACCUCCAGAACCACUUUGCUGAAGAGGACAGGAGCAAAUAUGACUACCUGAUGACCUUGCGCAGAGUGGUGAAUGAAAGUACUGUGUGCCUCAUGGGACAUGAGCGAAGGCAGACACUGAACCUGAUCUCCCUUCUAGCACUCAGAGUGCUGGCAGAGCAAAACAUCAUCCCUAAUGCUACUAAUGUCACUUGCUAUUACCAACCAGCUCCGUAUGUUAGUGAUGCAAACUUCAGCAGCUACUACAUUGCAGAUAUCUAUGGCCAAUCCUAUCCCACCUGGCUGCCUUGUAACUAAUUUUGAGCUUUCUGCAUUCCAAAGCCCCAACCAACCAGAAUGGAAUGUCUCCCAGAUUUCUCUUUCCUUUAUAGAAAACAAUAGCGCUGCUACUUAGAGUUUAUUAAAUAGUCUUAGUCAGGCCAUCGUGUGGCCCCAUCUUUCCUAGAAUAUCUUAUCUUGUCUAAAAGAAGCAACUGUCCUAAAGCUUGUCUAUAUAAUUGCCCAAGGCUUUCUAAAACUGAAGAUGGAAAGAUGCUAUUGGGACAGUGCCAGAGCAAUAAUAGCUGUUUGAUUGCUCCAAUGCCAUCUUGCCUUCUGAAGUUUGAAUUAAGUUAUCUUUGCAAAUGAGGACUAGGCUGAUAGACCAUGGAAAAUCAUGGCUACAGUCCUGCACACAAUCAAACUGCUCAAACACCUGUUGGAAAUCAGUAGUAGAUAAGCAGCUUAACUGUAUGCAGGAUUGCAGCCAUUUUCUUUUUUUUUUUAGGAAGUCUUAAUUAGCAGUUGGCUCAUUGCUGCUACAGCAGCACUAAAAGAUGAAUUUUAGUUUGGAGAAAAGAAUGGAUUCUGCCAAAUCUGUCACUUAGUUUAAAGAAAUUAAGGCUAUCCUAAAUCACAUGAUACAGAAAUUCUAACUUAAGUAAGACUUUAAAAAAAAGUACUAGCUAAUAUAUGGCAAUUAUGUAUCUUCAGUUUAAUCUUUUAUUUUCCACUGAAACUUGGGCUGACCUGCCAGGGAAAUGUAGGAGAAAUAUGGAACAUUUUUUUUAUAGAAUUCAGUUGAAAUGGUAGGACUUCCCUAAUUCUCUGAAGUUGCAAGUCUUAAAGGCUAACCAGUAGAAAGCUGGAAUGGCUUUGCUUUAUUACGUUGAUGUACUGCUCCACUGGCUUACAAGUAUGUAUGACUAGGAAUUUCAGGAAUAAUACUGUUGAAGACUUAAUUGGUGAGAACCACACUGGAAAUAAUGGCUCCAAGCUAGUAGAUGUCUUAGACCAGAAGACAUUUUCUAUAACGAUGUUCUAGUUUCAAGAGGGGCUCCUCUUGAAAAAUGGGUUCAAUUUUUUUUAAAAAAACCUGGAGCUUUUUGACCAAAGAUUAGUUGUGUUCUCCUCCCACUCCCUACCUCCCCAAAGAAGUCUCAAAGUAUAGAAUGAGGUGCCUUUUCACAUGUAGCAUAUAAACAGGCUGGCUUCAAGAAAAGUUCCUGUAAAGAUGACCUAUCUGGAGUGUUGUGUUAGCUCCACUGUCUUCCUGAAGGAGGCUGUUCAAAGGGAACAUGGUGCAAAGUAGCUUAAUUUUGGCUGCAGUCCUCUAGUUGGCAAUGUUAAUUUAUACUUAUACUUAAAAGAAUCCAUGUUUUGAUAAAUUAGCAUAGGUAUUUGAAAUCCAAACAGUGGCUCCCAGCAGAAGUUUUGAAUUCUUCAACCAUGUUGUCUAAAUCAAAAUGGAAAGGUAGUAGGGAAAACUAACUUAACCCAUGUGGCUUUCAACAGCACUUCCUAUUGCAGCUGGCCAUGCACUUAAUUGGUAGCCUUUGCAUACAUAAUAUCCCAGAAAAGGAAACUAGCUUAAGUUUAGGAGCAUGGUCAUAAUAAAACACUUAUUUGGGAACCAAUUCUGUUUGCAUAGCAUUGAAGUAAUAUGGAAUAAAAAGUAGUAUUUGGACCUCUUCGUACAUUUUCCUCAAAACAAGAGGACAGAUGGUUUUGUUAGUGCUGCUACUUCUGCAGCGCAGAGAUAAACGCUAUCUGUAGAAAUGCAAAUAUGCCUGGCUGUUCAAAAGCAGCACCACCUUGGGUGAAGUACUAGUUGAACCAAAUGGAUAAGCAGUCAAGUGUUGGGUUGCUGAAAUUAGUGCCAAGUACCUGCCAGUUUCAAUUACUUUUCCCAUACUGCACAUUUUUGCUGAGUCACUUUAGAGUGCCUGAAUAUUUCUUGAUUGCACUCUUUUUGCCUAUAAUUGUCAGUAGAGCAAGGUGCAUUGUUGCUCUUAAAGACUAUUUAAGUGCUAGAUUGCUUCCUGUCAUGUGAAUGCACCUUAGGGUGGGAGGAAUAUAAAGUGGGGUUGUUUUAAGAGGGCCUAGAACAACAAACUGGAGUUUAGGUUUUGUUCAGUUUUGAACUGAAAGUUGGAAUGGACUGUAGAAUUUCUUUACUGUUGGAACUUGUUCCAUGCAUGUAUAGUAAAUAUGCAUUUCUUUACAUUAUUAAUGUCAGUUGGUGGAUGAGUGGCUCUUGGGAGGGCUACAAAUAUGCACCUUAUUUUGGUUUCCUUAAAGUAAAACAAAUAAAGAUUGUCAACUUGA